AUGCCAAUACUUUUUUCGGUUUUGUUUUGUGCUUUCACAAUUUAUGUUAGUAAAGCACAAGAUUUUGCCAGUCAAGAUAAUCCAUCUGCUGUGCCUCCCCCGGAAGCAGAGAAUUGUAAUGGGAUUUUUCUGUCCUACACAUUUGUCUCGAGGACAAAAGAGUAUCCCCAUUUAAAGAACGCCACUGCACAGCCAUGGGCGUUCAAGUCUACUGCCGCAAUCUUGAAUGCAGGAAUGAAUGUGCUCAAGAAUUGGAAAAUGUUCAUUGGGUUCCAAAACCAAGAGAUUUUAGUCUCUGCGAGUAAUGCAGUUCUAGUAGGUGGAGAUGAAUUUCCAGCUCCUGUUGGUAAUGGAACUUACCUGGCUGGCUACCCACAAACAGAUUUGGAAACAUCUAUCAACACUGCCGGUGAUCUUACCAAAAUUCAGGCGCAAAUUGAGCUAUCUGGUACUCAAUUUGGGAUCAGGCCUCCAGGAUAUCCUAUGCCUAAGACAAUAAAGCUCGUUAAUCAUGGAUUCAGAUGCCCUGCACCAAUUCGACGCGCAAUGCACAUGUGCUGUGCAAUAGAUCCAAAAUUGGAGGCCAAAAAUUUGACGACAAAAUAUUUUCCACGACAGAAAGGUGAUCUCUCGAUCUCUUACGAUGUUAUCCAAGCUUACCAGACUAAUUACCUUGCUCAGGUGACUAUUGAGAACAAUAAUCCAUUGGGACGUCUUGACAACUGGAACUUGACAUGGGAGUGGAUGAGAGGAGAGUUCAUAUACACAAUGAGAGGAGCAUAUACUCGCAAAAAAGAUGCAACGGACUGCAUUUAUGGUGCUGCAGCACAGUACUACAAUGACUUAGAUUUUUCUAAAGUCAUGAGUUGUGAAAAGAGUCCGAUCAUCGGUGACCUGCCUCAGGAUAGAAAAACUGAUCAAGAAAUUGGGAACUUGCCACACUGCUGCAGAAAUGGUAGUCUGCUGCCUACCAUCAUGAAUGCAUCCGAUGCAAUAUCAGUAUUUCAGAUGCAGGUCUAUAAGAUUUCACCAGAUUUGAACAGAACAGCUCUGUAUCCUCCUCAAAAGUGGAGGAUUUUAGGGGAGCUUAAUCCGCACUAUAAAUGUGGACAGCCAUUAAGAGUAGAUGACACAGAAUUUCCUGAUCCAAGCGGACUUCAGGCCGUCAGCACAGCAGUUGCCAGCUGGCAAAUUGUCUGCAAUAUCACCAAGCCUAAGAAUCGAGAGUCUCAAUGCUGUGCUUCGUACUCUGCAUACUACUAUGACUCCAUCAUACCGUGCAAUACAUGUGCUUGUGGAUGUGGUAGCUCGGAAAAGUGCAGCAAAAAUGUACCGGCAUUGCUUCUUCCUCCAGAAGCCCUUCUUGUUCCGUUUUUAAACAGAACCGAGAAGGCUGUACAUUGGGCAAGACUCAAGAAGCAACAUAUCCCAACUCCAUUGCCUUGUGGUGACAACUGCGGGGUUAGUGUAAACUGGCACAUCGCGACCAACUAUAGGACUGGCUGGACUGCCCGUAUCACGUUAUUUAAUUGGAAAGAAGUCAGCUUCAAGGACUGGUUUGUUGCAGUUGAACUGAAGAAAGCAGGCCCUGGUUUUCAAAAUGCCUACUCCUUUAAUGGAACACUGCUUGAAGAAGUCAACAACACCAUUUUCAUGACAGGAAAACCAGGAUUGGACUAUUUGAUGGGAGAGACAAAUGGAACACAUCCUGAAACAGAUCCAAAAAUACCAGGGAAGCAACAGUCUGUCAUCUCAUUCACUAAAAAGAAAAAGCACUUACGAGGCAUUGACAUUGUAAAAGGCGAUGGGUUCCCUUCAAGAUUGCUCUUCAAUGGAGAAGAGUGUACACUACCAACAAAUCUCCCAACGGCAGAUGGAAGACAAUAUCCUGCAGAUUUAGUUUUAAUAAUCUGUCUAACACUGAUGUGCAUAUUGUUGACAAAGUGAAUGAAGUUCACUCAAGUUCAAACACUACCUGAUGAGGCGCCUCACAUCACAACUGGAAAUUCAUUGCACAGUUUGGCAAAAUGGGUACAUUUCUGACCCUUAGAAACUCAGCUCUGCUUCAUUAGUUUAGUUGCUCUAAUCCAGGCCAAAAUCACCAGAACACGUGAGAGAUUUCACUCAGUUCAAGAUUAGUGCACAAGGUAAGGUAGGCCAUAUAAUAUCCUACUUUGUUUUGGGACG